UAAUGGUAUCUCAAUGCAGACCUACACACAGCAUGGCACGUAUAUAUGUACCAGCUCUGGUCCUCUACGGCUUCUGUUUGACCCCUGUCAUCUUGGUCUCUCCGCCACCCUCAGUGGUGGUCCAUCCUGGGGAUAAUGUCACCCUACAGUGCACUGAUGUCCUUAAAGGACCAGGACACGUUUCCUGGUUCAAACAAGUCAACGUCUCAGAGCCUCUGUGCAUCGCGUCGAUGUACAGCUCUCAGGCAUAUGUCAAGCAUCACAAUGGUUUUCAGCCCAGCCAUAUGGAAAUGUUCAUCAGCAAUAGAAUAAUCGUCCUCAAAAUCACAGAGGUGGAUGUAGCUGAUUCUGGUCUGUACUGCUGUGGAAUGUACGAUCAGUACUUCAUCUUCACCAACAUGACUUUCCUGAUGGUUAAAGGUUACAAGGAUUCUGACAAAGAGCCAGAGCAAUGUUCUGAAGGACAGGAUGAUGAUGGAACCAUGUACCUCCUUACCCUGGUUGUGAUCCUGGUUGUUGUGACUGCUGUUCUACUGAUAGUCAUCCUCAUCCUGGUCCUCAAGAUCAGACGAGACACGAACAGACACAACACAGGACCUGAUUCUCAAAGACAACCACAAAAUGAUCAGAACCAAGAUCCAGAUUCAUUGAUUUAUGCUGCCCUGAAUUUCACCUCCAAGAAGAGGAAGAUGGAGAGGAGAAGAGAGAAGGAGCUGGACCCCCAUGUAGUGUAUGCUGCUACAAGAUGACAAAGUGGAGGAGGAUGGAAGUUUGGUUGGCCAUAUCUUUGAAUACAGUGAUUUGCCAUAUCUUUGAAUACAAGUUUAAAUCUUGCUACAUUGAAUCUGUGUCGUUAUAUUAAAUGGAUUGAUGGAUUUAAAUGUAAAUCAAUCAGUCUCUGCAGUGUACGUUUGUUAGUUGUCCCUCAGGGCUACUGUAGCCCUCUCCAACUAAGUUAGGCCACACAGCUCCGUAGUACAGGAGGAUGGAAGAUGAGAAAAUUGGUUGGCCGUAUCUUUGAAUACAUUGAUUUGCUAUAUCUUUGAAUACAAGUUUAAAUCUUGCUAUAUUGUUUGUGUAGAUAAAUGAAAUGUUUUGAAACGUAAAUCAGAAAAUAACUCUGGAGUGUUUGUGAGUUGUACCUCAGGGCCACUGUAGCCUUUUCCAACACAGUUAGGUCACACAGCUCAGUGGUUCAGGGUGUGGUUAGAGAGGAGUUAGAAGUCAAAACACAACUGUUUAAUAGUCACAGGGGAAUAGUUGCCUCUUUUGGCCUUUCUUAACUUGGGUCUAUGUUGUGUGUGUUAGUGAAUUGGUAUUUUUUUAUAGGGUGACCCUGAGGUCCAAAGUACCCAGCAGUAGACAAUUGCAUUGUAUUGAUCACUUAUAAAGACAAAUGAAGAGUUAAA